UGAGGGGACGCUCCAGGGGCAGGAGUAGGGCAGUGGCCCCCCUGGCAGAAGCCGGGGUGUAGGCGCUCCGUGCAGCGGGCGAGGCAGCGAGGGGACCGUCACCCGGGGCGCGGUGUAUUUUGGGGGGCCAGCGUGUGUCGGGCAGCGAGUGGGGAAUGGCUGGCAGAAGCCGCCGCUCCUGGCUCAGCGUGUUGCUAGGACUCAUCCUGGGCUUCAUCCUGGCGUCGAGACUCAUCCUGCCCCGCGCCUCGGAGCUGAAGAAAGCGGGACACCGGCGGAAGGCGAGCCCGGAGGGCUGCCGGCUGCAGCAGGGCGGGGGGCUGCUGCGCAGGGACUCCCGGGGGACGCUGCUCUGGCCCCAGGACCCCGCAGAGCGCCAGGACGACAUCCCGCCGGCCAGCAACUUCCUCUUCGUGGGGGUCAUGACAGCCCAGAAAUACCUGCAGAGCCGGGCGGUGGCUGCCUACAGAACCUGGUCCAAAACCAUUCCUGGCAAGGUUGAAUUCUUCUCCAGUGAGGGUUCGGACACAUCUCUUCCAAUCCCAAUAGUGCCACUACAAGGCGUGGAUGACUCCUACCCACCUCAGAAGAAAUCCUUUAUGAUGCUCAAGUACAUGCAUGACCACUACUUGAACAAUUAUGAAUGGUUUAUGAGAGCAGAUGAUGAUGUUUACAUUAAGGGGGACAGAUUGGAGAGCUUCCUUAGGAGUUUGAACAGCAGUGAACCCCUCUUCCUUGGACAGACUGGGCUUGGCACCACUGAAGAGAUGGGGAAACUGGCCUUGGAACCUGGUGAGAACUUCUGCAUGGGAGGACCUGGAGUGAUCAUGAGCCGGGAGGUGCUGCGCAGAAUGGUGCCUCACAUUGGAGAGUGCUUGCGAGAGAUGUACACCACUCAUGAGGAUGUGGAAGUGGGAAGAUGUGUGCGGAGAUUUGCAGGAGUGCAGUGUGUCUGGUCUUAUGAGAUGCAGCAGCUGUUUUAUGAAAAUUAUGAGCAGAACAAAAAAGGCUACAUCAAAGACCUUAGAAAUAGCAAGAUACACCGAGCUAUAACACUGCAUCCCAACAAGAACCCACCAUACCAGUAUAGACUUCAUAGUUACAUGCUGAGUCGCAAAAUCGCAGAACUGCGUUACCGGACUAUACAGCUGCACAGAGAAAUCGUCCUGAUGAGCAAAUACAGCAAUGCAGAAAUACAUAAAGAUGAUCUUCAGCUGGGGAUACCACCUUCUUUUAUGAGGUUCCAGCCACACCAGCGUGAGGAGGUCUUGGAAUGGGAGUUCCUUACGGGAAAGUAUCUCUAUUCUGCAGCUGAUGGACAGCCCCCACGGAGAGGGAUGGAUUCAUCUCAGCGUGAAGCAUUGGAUGACAUUAUAAUGCAGGUCAUGGAAAUGAUCAAUGCCAAUGCUAAGACCAGAGGGCGGAUCAUUGAUUUCAAGGAGAUACAAUAUGGCUAUCGCAGAGUUAAUCCUAUGUAUGGAGCGGAGUAUGUUCUUGACUUACUGCUUCUAUACAAAAAACACAAGGGAAAGAAGAUGACCGUGCCUGUCAGAAGGCAUGCUUACCUACAGCAGACAUUCAGCAAGAUCCAAUUUAUGGAGCAUGAAGAGAUAGACGCCAAAGAGCUGGCCAGCAAAAUUAACCAAGAUUCUGGAUCCUUGUCUUUCCUGUCCAAUUCACUGAAGAUGUUUGUUCCAUUCCAGCUCACUGGAUCAAAAGCAGAGCGGAAGGAGCCCAAAGACCAGAAGAUCAACAUCUUGAUUCCUCUGUCUGGACGCUUUGAUAUGUUUGCUAGGUUCAUGGGGAAUUUUGAGAAAACUUGCCUCAUUCCCAGUCAGAACGUCAAGCUGGUCGUCCUGCUUUUCAAUUCUGACUCAAACCCUGAUAAGGCAAAGCAAGUUGAAUUGAUGAGAGAUUACCGUAUUAAGUACCCCAAGGCUGAUAUGCAGAUCUUGCCAGUGUCUGGGGAAUUCUCAAGAGCUCUGGCUCUUGAAGUUGGAUCUUCUCAGUUUAAAAAUGAGUCUUUGCUCUUCUUCUGUGAUGUUGACCUAGUGUUUACCACAGAGUUUCUCCAGCGAUGUAGAGCCGAUACAGUUUUGGGCCAACAAAUAUACUUUCCAGUCAUCUUUAGUCAGUAUGAUCCAAAGAUAGUUUAUAGUGGAAAAGUUCCCAGUGACAAUCAUUUUGCCUUCACCCAGAAAACAGGUUUCUGGAGGAACUAUGGCUUUGGCAUUACUUGUAUUUACAAAGGUGAUCUCCUUAGAGCAGGUGGCUUUGAUGUCUCUAUCCAGGGUUGGGGCCUUGAGGACGUGGACCUAUUUAACAAAGUCAUUCAAGCUGGCUUAAAGACUUUCCGAAGCCAAGAAAUCGGAGUUGUUCAUGUACAUCAUCCAGUCUUUUGUGACCCCAAUCUUGAUCCGAAACAAUAUAAAAUGUGCUUGGGGUCCAAAGCUUCAACGUAUGGAUCCACACAACAGUUGGCUGAACUAUGGCUUGAAAAAAAUGACCCCAGCUUUGGGAAAAGCAGCAAUACUAAUGGCUCAGUGAGGACAGCCUAAUGUCCAGCUAUGCUGGAGAAGACUUUUUUUUAAUUAUCUAAUUUAUUUUUGGAAAAUGUUUUGAUAGUUCAUUUUUAAAGACCACACAAGGAUAUAUUUUAGAAAUCAUGUUUUCUUACCAAAAACUCUUUUGAGAAUGAGCUUUUUUGAACAAAACUGUGAUUGAUAUUUGCCUUUGGAAAAAAAAUUUGGCUGAGUAUUAUCUGGCAGAUCUGCAUAAUUCUGAUGACUUGAAAUAAGGUUUCCAUAUGAACAAAGGACCUCCUUUUUUUUCUUUUCCUUUUUUUUUUAAAAAACCUUUUUUCCUUUGCUAGGAUUCUAUAAAUUGGAACCUGAACAUUGAAGCCAUAAUGUUCAAAUUGUGUUAGAAUAAUGCAAAACAGUGUGGCAAUAGUUGGGUUAUUAAUUUCAGGAGUAUUUCAAUUGGUUGAUUACUUCAACCAAAAAUGUACUUUUGCUUAUUGUGGCCGAGCAACUUUUUGAAGGGGUUUGUGGACAAGAAGCACAACCUUGUAUCAGUUUAGUCCAUAUGUAAGUUUUGUCUGACAUUUGGUCCAUAUGUGGAUCUAACAUUAAAAAUUCCAUGGUGGAUUCUGUGUAUUCUAAAUUGUUCUCCAGUCUAGAACAGAGACUGAAUGAUGGUGAAAUGCAAAAUUGUAAUGAGUGUGGGAGGGAGAAAUGAGAAUUUCUCACUGCAAAAUAAGGUACACAACUAAAAAUUUGAAAUCUCUAAUGAGAACAUUGGAAACUUGCAUCUGAUUGCAUUCAUUUUGUAUAGUCAGUUACAAGAUGUUGGUGGGAACAAUUGUUACAUUAUUUGAUUACUAGUUUCUUUUGUUUUCUGUAUCUGAUAGACCUUUAAUUUAUUUAAUAUCCAUUGUUUUAGGUUCUUGCCCUUUUCUUGAAUAUCUGUUAGUCAUUUAUUUAUCUGUUAGGAAUGUAUUGCUUUUUCUCACUCUUAAGGUAGUGUACAUCUUACUUACAGUAAACUGUGAUCUCCAAAGA